CGGCGCCGCGCCGGCUCCUCCCUCGCCGCCCAGCUCCGCGGUCCCCCGCCCCCCUCGCCCGCCUCUCCUUGCUUGCCCGCAUCCAAGCGUCCCCUCCCCCACCGUCGGGUUCCUCGGCGGCCGCUGCAGAGAAUUCCGAGCCGAGUCGCUGAGGAGGAGGAGGAGGAGGCUCCUGGUCCCCGUGCGCCAUCCGCCACUUCACUGAACCCCGGCGCGGGAGUCAGCGUCGCCUGCGUAGCCGCCGGAGGAGACGAAGGCAUCGCCGCCGCCGCCGUUUUCGCCUGCAGCGGCUCGCCGAAUCCUCUGUCUUCCACAAUGAACCCUGUUUAUAGCCCCGUGCAGCCUGGGGCUCCUUAUGGCAACCCUAAGAACAUGGCCUACACAGGUUACCCCGCAGCCUACCCGGCAGCAGCCCCCACCUACAAUCCCAGCCUGUACCCCACCAACAGCCCCAGCUAUGCUCCAGAGUUUCAGUUCCUGCAUUCAGCUUAUGCAACUCUGCUGAUGAAACAGGCCUGGCCACAGAACUCAUCUUCCUGUGGCACUGAAGGCACCUUCCACCUCCCAGUGGACACCGGGACCGAGAACCGGACUUACCAAGCGUCCUCCGCAGCUUUCAGAUACACUGCGGGGACACCAUACAAGGUCCCACCGACCCAGAGCAAUACUGCUCCUCCCCCCUACUCCCCAUCACCCAACCCUUACCAGACGGCCAUGUAUCCAAUCAGAAGUGCCUACCCCCAGCAGAAUCUGUAUGCCCAGGGAGCCUACUACACACAGCCGGUGUACGCUGCUCAGCCCCACGUCAUCCACCACACCACGGUUGUCCAGCCCAAUAGCAUCCCCUCAGCUAUCUACCCGGCACCUGUCGCUGCCCCCAGGACCAAUGGCGUCACCAUGGGCAUGGUGGCAGGCACCACCAUGGCCAUGUCAGCAGGCACCCUGCUGACUGCACCCCAGCACACCGCGAUUGGGGCACACCCCGUCUCCAUGCCAGCAUACAGGGCCCAAGGCACUCCUGCGUACAGCUACGUGCCCCCACACUGGUAAAGCCUGCGUUCCAUCCAAGUCUGGAGUCACACGGCGUAUGCAACUACUCAAGUCUUACACAGGUGCUGGCGCAGCCUCCUAGCAGCACCACCUCUAUUUGCAAGAACGGGCAGCGGAAGUGCAAGGGUUACUUUAUGCAUCCUUAAUGGUUUUUGGUUUUUAUUUUUGGUUUUUGUAAAAGCUGCUUUUUCUUAUCUCUUGCCUCUCCCAGCUGCUGCCCCUUCCUCCCUCAUCCUCUGCUCUCCUUCCUCCCCCAGGGAUCUCAGGGCGAGGAGGGAGAGGUGUGUUGCAGUGGUUCAGCUGAAGGCCCAGUUUUCUGUGAAGAGCAGAUUUGUCCCUCUGGUGCAGGGCAGGGACUCCGUUUCCUAGAUGUCUGGUCUGCUGUACAGCACUGUUUUGAUAUUCUUAAAGUGACACACACAUGGUCUUCUGAGAACCACUGCAACACACCAAGAACAAAACCACCUGACUAGGUAGGAAUGUUCAUAGCAGAUUACUACCACAGCCUGAGAACCUGGGACAGCCAGAUUCUUACUUUGGGGAGGGAGGACCCAUGUAGGAAGAAGGGAAUGGGGUUCUUGCCUGCUGGAUUUGGUUUGUAAGGUCUCUGGCCAAAUUAUCUGGGCCUGGACCCUUUGAUUUGUGCAGUGAUGUUAACUGACCUGACAGUUCUCAGAAAGUGGUUUAGAAAUUCAGACCGGCUGGUGGGAUCCCAAGGUCAAGUGCUCUGUGCUAUCCAGACCUUGGCCUCUGAGCCCCUGGGGGCCCACUCUGAUGAGGAGCCUUCCCUUCUCCUGAUGAGAGUGGGGACCUACAGCGUUUCUUCCCCUUCCCUCUGCCCUUCUAGGCGCCAGGGCUCACCUGUCCGUCAUAGUGCUGGCAGGCUCUUGGUUACCGUAUGCUAUUCGUGGCCAAAGUGAAGGAACCACAUUCCAGGUAGACAGACGCUGGUAGCUCUGAAGGUCAGGAUAGUGAAGGCAAAGCAAUAGCAAUAAACAUUUCAUAGACUCAUGGAACUGAAGGGACCUUAGCAGUCAUCUCAUCCAUUCCCUUAUUUGACAGCAGAGGAAUUUGAGACCCAGAGAAGAAUGGAGGACUUCCUAGAACUCCACUAAGUCAGGAUUGGCUGGGUUUUGGGGGGGGAAAAAAAGUCAGCAGCGCCCACAGCUGGUGAGCUGGGCAAGAAUCUCUGGGCUUUUAUUUCUGUUCUUUUCCCACAUGGACUCCAAAACGUGGGGGGUUGAAGACUGGGCAGAGGGUAAGAACAGAAACUACAGAUGAAGAAAUAGCAUUUGGAAGUGCUCUGAAGAUGUCUGGAACUGUCAUCCUCUCCCUGACACCAGCCCCAAGAGAAGGAGCAGAGGGGUUGGCUGAAAAGGAAAGUCCCCCGUCCAUCUUGAGGAGACCGGGCCCCACCAUUAGUCUCAGCCAGAGCCUGGGUCUCCCAGUAUCGCCCUCCUGCAGGAAUAUUUUACUAUACGGAAUGGGGUCACUUGGUAACAUUUGCGACUUUUGACUGAUUUUAAAUUCAUGCACAUUUGGACAUACCCCUACUCCUAACUCUUGGGCCAGAAGGGCCAACAGAGCCCACACCUGGAUUUGUUGGGGGGGGGGGAGCUAGGAACAAAAGAACCCCAGCCGUCUAAACAGUCUGUUCUGAAAUACUGAAGAGAUUUCAUUGUCAAGAGUUUUUUUUUUUUUUUUCCUUUUGCAAAUACCUCCUACUCUCUGGUUUUGUAAGGGUGUGUGAAGGUUAUUUGGAAAAUGUCAAAAUAAUAAAUAGGGAGCCUUUGCUUCAUAGAUUCCAAAGCACUUCACAGCCUUUAGAAAGACAGCAUCAGAGUCAUUACACUUAUUUGACAAAUAAAGAAACUGGCUCCAGAAAGGACUUACCCCAAAUAGUAGAAGGCUGGUGUUCUGACAGGCUUCCUUGCUGCCUGGGGCCAGGAUAGAACUAAGAGGAGGAGCGCUAGGAAUGGCCUGACCAGGUUUCACUUACUAGUAUCAAAGUAACAACAGUAACAUCAGUAUGAAACAGGCUCAGAAAAGCAAAGUGGCAGAGCUGCUUGAACCCCAGUUUGACUCCACACGUGCCCUGUCUCAGCCCCACCUGGAACAUCAUUCAGGGUCAAAGACAGGACCCAGGCAAGAGAAGACUGUGUAGUCUGAAGCCCAGUUCAGCUGGUUCUCCCUUCUUGUCGUGACAGACACCCACAAGCCUGACCAAGCUUGGGGGGCGGUUGUUGCAGAGGGUCUGAGCUCAGGAGGACAGGGAGGUAGCUGCCUGACAGGAUCAUCAGUGUGAGAGGUGCUGUGGGCGACACUGAAUGCCCAGUGGUCAAACUGGAUAGAAGGGAAGCCAGCAACCCUGCGGGGACAAGGCUAUGCCCAAGUGAUAGCAAAUGACAGCUCUGUCACCAAUGUGUCUCCACUCACUCCCUGCCUGUCCAGGCUCAGUCACCAGCCAGCCCUCCUGGAUCCCUCACUUCUGCCUGACCUCUAGGAAGCUAGAGUGCCCCCAAGUGGAGAGAACCUCAAACACAGCCUUUCUGCCACACUGGAACUUUGUUCCCAGAGACGGGGACCCUUACUGCUCCCCUCCUCGUUGUCACCCAGAAGCGCACACACCCACCCAACUACUGAAUGAGGCACAUCUCUGAGUUUUUCUGCACAAAGUACUGAAACAUUGCCAAAAAUCCCCAUUUUUAUAGAUGGGGGCAAUUUAAGUCUUAAAGAGAUUUGCCAAAGGCCAUUGUGCUCAUUUUCUGUGCCGGCACCUUCUAGGUCUGAGAUGCGGGGGGGGGGGGGAGCAGGCACUGUGUCCACAAGGCUGGGGAAUCCCAGGGACACGACAGCGCUAGGACGAUGAGAACUCGCAUCAAAGGCCUCACUUCACAAACGCCCUGGGUGGCCCCUGUAGAGCCUGCCCACCCACACCUGGCCUGAGGGCCCCAAGCACGUCUGCCCUUGCUUUCCGGCACCUAGAGACAGUGCAAGUCCUUGCUCCUGACUGACCCCACUCUUACCCUGUGCUCCCAGAUGCCUGGAGGCGCCUCCUGGCAGGAACUCUGUUCUGAGUGACCUUGAGAAAUGAAUCCUAUAGAGCAGGAAAGUAGGGCAGGCAGGCGCCUUAGUGUGCAGACAGGACUCGGCACUGGGGGAGACCGGUCUAGAGCCCGGCCCAUCUGAUUGCUGUGUCCAGAGAGGGAGGGUUGUGAUGUGUCACAGGAUCCUGGCUGGACCUGUCACCUAGACAUUACCACAGCGUUUCCCUACUGCAGCUGAGAGAAAGUGCGUGGAGGGAGGCUCCUCUUCAUGCUGAAACCCACUGCUUCACCAGGCCCCAGCUGUUGGCCAAACUUGGGAAUCUAUAGAGCAGGUGUGCUGCACAGCCCCAGGGAGGCAACUAGCCUGCAGGCUCCCAGCAGAGGAAACCCAGCGAGGUGGCUGCAGACGGUACCCCUCAUCCUGACUGCAAAAACUCUGCGCUUAUGUAUCAUCAGCCUGCAAAGCUCCUGGCAUGCCAGUUUCAACAUUCCAUCACAACCCCGGCCUAAGCCACCGUGGGUACCACCCCUUCAGUUUCUUUGAAGGCUGUUUUCUACCUUGCAGUCUUUUGAGUCCGGCCAGAGGUCGAGUGAGGAAAGUGAGAGUGGGGUUGGGCUCCUGUCCACAGCGCAGGCAUCCCUGGCAUGGCAGUAAGGACUGGCAUCCGUUGGAGCUCCUAGUAGAGGGCUAUUUCCUUCCUGGAGAGAGAAUAUAGGAACAGCUUUGCAGAUAAGCACCAGCCUGAGGAGUCCAAAGGGUAACAUCAGCUCAGGCCUGACCCCAGCAAGACCAGUGCCUCUGGCUCCGGCAUUCCUCCCGAGGCCUGGAGUCAGGGGAAGUAUGUCGCUGCCCACACUUCUCAUUAGGCCAGAUCUGCUGGGUCUGGUGAGAUGCCGAUUCUUAGCAAAGGGUAGUAAGGCCAGGCCUCUUGCAGCAUGGGGUGGUCUGUCCCCGUCUCCUGACUCAAAGGCUCUGACAUCCCUUUUCGAUAGAAAAGCCUGUUCUCAUAGCUUGUAACAUCCCUGUGAGAGCGUUGUAUAUGAUUUUGUAUUUUUUUAAUUCAUUUUAAUCUACAGGUUGGAAUCUAAUUUUUAAAUUCUAUUGGGACUCACAUAAAAAACAAAUAAUAAACUUUUGACCAGUGUCUUCCAAGUUUGAUCAAAGAACUUUUAGGUGUUUUCAAAACACAGCUUGGAGUGUAAAGACCGGAAAGCCCCGUGUCUCGCUUGUGUGUAUGGAGUGUAAAUCUGGUUUUUUUUGUUGUUGUUGUUUUGGAUUCUUUUGAGUUUCUGUUUUGUUUUGAAGAUCAGAUAGUGAUCACACUGAAAGAUUGAAGCCAAGAAUUUGUAACUAUGAUAUUUACUGUAAGCUGUAGAACAUUCAGUAACUAUUAAAAAAAAAAAAGUUUCCAAAAA